UUAGUCAUCUAGCUCGUUUCGUGUGUUUCGCUUCAUUUGUCUUGUUUAUUUACGUUUGUUAUUUAACAAAACUUAUUUCGCUGACUAUUUUACUAAACUCAACUAACUAUACAUCUUACCAGUGUUGUGAAUACAUGUGAUAUCAUUUUGUGUUUGCAAAAAUUAAACUUGCAGUAUUUGUUCUGUAGUUUCGUUUGUCGUUUUGUGUUUAUUUUGAAGUUCAAACGUUUGUGUGAUUCCAACUGGGUGGUUUAACUUCGAAAAUCAAAAUGCUGACUGUGACGCCACGCGCUCCGAAUGGCUGUGGCGCGCCGUAGCAUCCACUCCCGCUCCGUGAUUGGUGGAAAAUGUCGGGCCUGCAAGCGCGCGGCGAAGACGUCAUCAAUGGGGUCGAUGUCAGGGAGCAGGGCAGCGCUUUAAGAGUGGCUACGAACACUCCUCACCUCGUGAGCCUGGGCACGGGCAGGCUGAGCACCGCGGUUACACUCCAUCCUAUCAAACAGGGUCGAGUGACCAUCGGCUCAGACCCAACCUGCGACAUCUACGUAGUAGGCACCGGAGUCGCCAGCGUACACUGUCGCGUUGAGAACUCUCACGGCGUGGUCACCCUGUAUCCCACCAGUGGGAGUACGUUACUAGACGGUCUGCCGGUCGACAAGCCCACGAGACUGUCACAAGGUAAUAUACGCCUUAUUACAUAAAUCAUAAUGUCCAAUCUUGCUUAUCAUCGGCUCAAACCCAACCUGCGACAUCUACGUAGUAGGCACCGGAGUCGCCAGCGUGCACUGUCGCGUUGAGAACUCUCACGGCGUGGUCACCCUGUACCCCACCAGUGGGAGUACGUUACUAGACGGUCUGCCGGUCGACAAGCCCACGAGACUGUCACAAGGUAAUAUACGCCUUAUUACAUAAAUCAUAAUGUCCAAUCUUGCUUAUCAUCGGCUCAAACCCAA